AAGACACGCCCACAAAGAACUGUCAGCUGCUCCGUUCAAGAUGGCGCUGUCCUGUAGGGGUGUGUGCCGCGGGGCUUCAGUGAUCUUACUGUAUGGACAACGACCUGUCGGGGUCAAAGCAAGCCUCUGCACACCUAGAUUGACGUCAACACAAUCAAGUUUGUGGUUUGUAAGGCAAUACUCACCUUCGGAAGCGAGGCAUGGGAUCGGCCGAAGCGUUUCGUCCAGGCUCAAGUGGGCCAAUGAGAAGUACGAGAGGUUCCUGCAGCGUCGCUUUCCUCGCUUUUUUGUUCUCUAUGACACCUUUAUGAAAGGUUUUCGGCUACUGUUUCAAGAUGCCAAAGAAAUAAGAAGAAUCCAGACCCGGGUGCUCACCGAGAACAUAGGUUAUGAGAACCUGCCUUACCGUGAGUUGGAGAAACUCAGACAGUUUCGGAGAGACUUACUCAAAGCCAUUCCCCUGGCCAUCAUUUCGAUUCCUCCUUUUGCCAACUAUUUGGUAUUUAUCCUCAUGUACCUCUAUCCUCGCCAGCUCCUCAUCCGACACUUCUGGACCCCACAGAAGCUGGUGGAGUUUCAGGGAAUAUAUCAUGGUCAGAGAGCACAGCAUCACUGCGCUAUAGUCAAAGGACUGGAGAGGACAGCACCUUCUGUUCAAGACAGCCGUAUGAAAAGCCGACUCGUGGAGCUCUGCAGUAAGGUCCGAAAUGGAGCCCAUCCUGUGGUGUCUGACGUUCAUGCAGUCCGAACGUUGUUCUCUGGACCACCUUUAGGUGUCAGGAGAAUGUAUGCCGACCAAAUGCGACAUCUUUGUCCGUUACUCUUCCUGACGCCCCGACUUCCUGCCUUCUGGGUUAGUCGGCGCUUAAAUAAACACGCCUUAGAACUCAUGCAGCUCGACCGUGCCAUUGUUCGGUUAGGUUUGCACCAGUUGAAUGAUGCCGAGCUCAGAGAGGCAUGCUUUGUGAGAGGGUUGAAUCCAGAACUUCUGAGUCCCGGACAGUGUCGUGAAUGGCUUACACAAUGGCUACAGUUCUCAACACACCUCAAGGAAUCAGAGACCUCCCUUUAUCUGCACAGUAUGGUAUUGCUUACUGUUAACUUCCCAAAGCACCCACGUCACUAACCUCAGACAACCAAAUGACUUCUCUACCCAACACUCACCACUGACUUAAAGGGAACAAGAAUCUUGAAUUUUACUCAAAGUUUCACCAUCUGUUACUUCUGUAAUUGGAGGAAUAUUUCUGUUUCUGUAACGUAUAUUCAUAAAUGUUGCAGUCUCAUUUUUGAACACAUAUUCAGUUUACUUUAAUGAGGUAACUUAAAGAAUACCAUUGAGUUUAUAGAAUUUCGGAAGGUAUGUCAUUUUUUCUACGAAGGAGGGGUGUAAUGAUGCCAAAGAGUGCAUCGCUGUGAGAGGUUACAAUCGCAUAUAGUGUGAAAUGACAGACAUAUCUUAUUGGAACUCAUUGGUCUUAUUUUGAGACAUUCAUUGACCUAUUUCGCUAAAGAUUGUCCGAACAGAGUGCUAACUUGUUUCUAUGAUGAUGUUUUCCAUUACAACUUUCUAGUCACAAUCAGAUCUCUGCCAUUUUUCGUGUUUGCACCCCCCCCCACAGAAAUUAAAAUGAGUUUGAUCCUAUUUAUUAAGAUGUUUAAGAAAAAGCCUGAGAAGAGAUAUUACCAAGCUAAAUUCUGUUAUACAGCAUAUCCACAUUUUAAUUGUUUAUAUACACAUUUUAAGUUAAGUGUUUAUUUUUGAGAAUUUCAAAUUACACAAAGAUUAUGUCCUAUUCAAAAAGAAGAUGUCUGUGUGUGCACUGGGCAAAUGGUCAAAGCACUGCAGUUAGGUCGCUAACGCUAUACAAGCUUUUGAUCUUGUGGUAAGCAAGACCAAGAAAUAUGUCUUUAAACCUUUUCAUUCACCCUUUCGAAGGUGCCUUUACAUUUAAAAACACAAAUGCAAACAAAGUGCAAUA